CUUAGGAGUCAAAUUAAAGAUUCAGAUAAUGGCUGAGAAGUGUGACACAGAUUUUGUUGAAAACAGUUGCCGUCGUUUUGUGGUUAUAUUGCCUGUUGACUGUUCCUCCUCAAAUGCAUCAACUAGUAGUAAUUCAAUUGGCGGUUCUGUGAUUUCGGCAAGUUCAAGGUCCAAGAGUAGUCAAUCAUCUAAUUCAAAGCAGUUAGAUCCUUUGAUAUUAUUAGACGCGCUGGUGGAUAUGCUUGCAGAUGAAAACCGGGUCCACUCCAAAGCUGCUCUGAAUGUGUUUUCUGAAACACUCUCGAUUCAUACUCAUGUCAAACAUGCUGAUGUGCUGAUAGCUAGGGGUGGUCACAAUGCCUCCGUGAUUGUCUCGAGCCCUUCUACAAAUUCAGUGUAUUCGUCCCAUCCAAGUGUGCGAAUAACAGCGUUUGAACAACUAUUGCAUGGCUCUUAUGGGAGCACUUGGCAAGCGCAGGUGGGAGGGGUUAUGGGCGUGGGAAAAGUGAAUGUUGAAUCAUUAUGUUAUUUUCAAGUAAAAAUAAUGCGUGGUCUGGUUGAGGUUUUGGCUCCUGUUUACGCUAGCAAAGAGCUAAAAGAGAGGAGUCAGGUUCUUAUGCAGAUUCUAGCUAGUCAUGUGGUUAAUAAUGUUGACGAAGCAAACAGCGAAGCACGUAGAAAAAGCUUUCAAGAUGUUAUAGAAUAUCUUGCUACAUGGUUAUUGAAUCGUAACGCAUACAUCGCUGCAGUUUUGGCUAGCCAAACUGGAAGUGAGGUAACCGAGUUGCUUGAGCCUUCGUACCAACUAUUGCUGCAGCCACUUAUACUGUGUCCACUCCGAUGCACGACAGUUGAACAACAGGUUGGAACGUUUGCAGCUCUGAUUUUCUGUGUGGCAUCGAAGCCCCCCCUUCUAAAAGUGACUCCAGAGCUGGUUAACUUUCUGCAAGAAGCAUUACAAAUUGAUGAGGCUGAUGAAACUGUAUGGGCUGUAAAAUUGAUGAAUCCUCAAGUGCUUAGAUCGUUGAACAGAGUUCGAACAGCUUGUAUUGAGUUUCUGAGCACAACUAUAGCAUGGGUUAAUUUCCGAAUGCAAACUUAUACUGAAGUACCUGCCAAGGUAAAUUCCAUGUUUUUCAAGUCUCUAACAUGUAGAGAUCCAGAUCACAUCGUGGCGGUUGCUAAGGAGGGUUUAAGACAGGGAAAAGCAAUACAUGGCAAAAUUGAUCUAAAGGAGAAACAUGAAGCAUUUAAGGCCAAACUACACUCAAUGCAAGCUGUACAAUGGACAAGAUCACUAGGCAUAUUAAUGGAAGGCGUUGGUGAGCUGCUGGCUGCAAACAAAGUUAAACAUGUACCUACAAGAGUCAAGUGGAUGACCAACCUUGGGCGGAGAUGCUGCUUCAUCUUCAAUCUUUUGUAUUUGUUGAAAGCUGAAGCAAUCCAUGAACCUGAAAAGGUUGAAUCAAGGGGGGCAACAAACUUUGUUACAUAUCUUUGGAUAGUAGUUCUGCUAUUUGUUUGUGUCUCGCCUUUGAUAUACUUUCUAUGGAGGAGUUUGAAACAGAAACCCCCACCGGAAUCCACCUCACCGGAAUCCACCUCGCUGCCAGACCCAAAACUGAUUGUGGCUGAUAAACCAAAAACACAGAAAAAGAAAAAGAAAAUACUUUCUGAGCCACCUGCUGCAUUCCUGGAGGCAAACAAGAGAUUCGAGCCCUAUGUAGAUUGCUUAGAUUCCUUUGAAGCUUCUGAUAGGUUGCCUCCCAAAGAUUUAUUGAGAAAAGCUUGGAAUAGGACAAGUGUGGGUAAAUUGACCUUAUUAGAAAAGGUUAUAGAACAAAGAGAUGACUCGGCAGUUGUUGAAGGUUUCUUAGAGAAAAGUCGUCCUGUUUUCAUAAAAUGUGGACUGCGAUCUGAGGAAAUGGAAAACGAGAUCGCAGUCCUCAUUUCAGCGGAUUAUCACCCCAACAUAAUCCGUUACUUCAUUUCUGAAUUUGAGGAUAAUCACUUCUAUUACAGUUUGGAGAGUUGGGUUUGUAAUUUGUCAUCUCUCGUCAAGUAUUUUGGAAAACAAAAUUCAUCAGACAGUGAAUUAGUUUAUUUAGGAAUACAAAACUUGUGGACAACAACCGGCGCUCCGUCAACACACUUGAUAAGUCUCAUCAGAGAUGUUGUUUUAGGUCUUGAACAUCUGCACAGCCUAGAUAUAAUUCAUCGAGACUUGAGGCCGGAGAACGUGAUGAUUGUGCAUGCUGGGAAGACCCCAAUUGCGAAAAUAGGCAACAUGGACAUUGCUAGGAUUAAAGAGGCACCAUUGUUGAGUCACCAUGCUAGAGGUGAGAGGAGUCCGGGUUUCCAACCACGAGAGCAAUUUGAAAAUGAGAAGGAAACCACGGCAGUUGACAUGUUUGCCUUAGGAUGUAUAAUGUUUUACGUUAUAUCUUCAGGCAAACAUCCAUUUGGAGCGGUUAACAAGCGUAAAGCCAACAUUCGGAGAAAUAACUGUGAUUUACGUCCAAUACAAAACUUUCCCGAAGCUUAUGACCUGAUCCAACAUUUGGUGGACUCCGAACCUAAUUCUCGUCUGAUCGCUAGUCAAGUGCUUCUUCACCCCUUUUUUUGGAAUUAUGAUGUGAAGCUUGAUUUCUUCAUGAAGGUUAGUGACUAUGCUGUUGAGGUUAAUUGGCUCUUGUCAACUGAACUGGAUGCGCUUAGCCUUGGAACGGCUAUAGGAGAUACUAGUUGGGAUGGUAAGGUAGAUGAUAUCUUCUUAGAUCACAACAACAAAUACAGUGCAAGGCACGCGAACGCUUCAAUGACUAGCUACGUACAAACGAUGAAAGAUUACAAUUAUGCCAAGAUUAGUGAUUUAUUAAGGGUGAUAAGAAACACUCAACAUCACUAUGGUCGACUUCCAAAAGACAUCAGGGCAAUUUUUCCAGAUGGGGUUUACAAAUACUUUGAUGGUUUGUUCCCUAAGCUGUUUAUGGAGGUAUACAAGGUCGUUUAUCCCAAAUAUAAGAAAGCCGAUGAGUUCAAACAAUUCUUCAAAGAAAUAUAGUCAAGGUGAGAAGAAGCCCAAAACGCCAUUACUGAAGUUUGAAGUCUUAACCUAAAUCAUGAUGGUUCAUCUACCAUAACUGGAGGCUAAGUCUUACUCGGACAACUUCAAGUGGAAAGGAAAGGCAAAAAACCUCAACCAGAAAAUUGUUCUUACACCUCUGAGCAUAAGGAGAAAACCUCAUUUGAUCAUGUUUCUUUGUUAUUUAGCAUCUGUGAGCUUUUGUUUGAAAGAAUCAUUUAUCCAUGGAGGGAUUCUUUUUUAUGUUUCCUUGUUACAAUAAUAUGAUGAUGACUAUGGAACACGCUCCUUUGAUAUUUCAUCAAGUUUUCUGAUCAUUUUACUUACUGUUCGUGUGAAUGAAAGAGAGAGAUAAAUGGUCAAUAAUCCAUAAGAUACCAAAAUUUAAAGACAAAUUCGAAUCGAAAGAAGAUAAAAACAGAAGAGAGAUUGUUGAAAUGAGACAACAGAAGAUUUUGGAUCAUUUAUAGUCUGAUAAAUUUUGAGAUUUUUUUUAUUUGGUGUUUUUAUCUCUGUGUGUAUUUGGACUAUGAACAUGCAAAAGAUAUUUUUAUGAGGGAUGAGUGUGGAAGAUAUGAGUCGAACUUCCUGAUGCUUAUCCUUACAAAUCUCCAUCUGUUGGUUUCAUUACUAAAAUAUACCACUCGAAUGUCGAUG